AUGUCAACAAUCGGCAAGAAUAACAAAAAACCUGAUGAAUCUGUGAAUCAAUCCUCAUCCUCAAAUCAGUCAUCGUUUUCAAAUUACAAGUGGUGGCUGGCGUCUUUUGUUCUUAUCAUUAUUAUUUCCUUUAUUGGUCAACGUCAAAUAAAUAAUGACAAUAAUAAUAACAGCAACAUAAAAAGCGAGCGUUUAUUUACGCUUGAUGAGCUUCAAACAUUUACGAAAGAUGAAUUGUAUUUAGCUAUUUUAGGACAUGUUUUCAAUGUAACAUCAGCACCGAGAUUUUAUUCAUCGACCGGAAGUUAUAAAUUCUAUACAGGCCGUGAUGCUUCUCGAAGUUUUCAUACCGGUGGUACAUCAUCAGAAGAUCUUACCGAUGAUUUAACUGGAUUAACUGACGAAGAUAUUGCUGGAGUAUAUGGUUGGUUAACAUUUUAUAAAAAGCAAUAUCCACAAAUAGGUAAAUUAAUCGGUCGAUAUUUUGAUUCAAAUGGCGAACUCACAGAACAUUUUAAUAAUGUUCUCACAUCAGUUAACAUUAUUGAAAAGGAGAAAGAAGAAAAAGCACGUUUUGAAAAACAAUGGCCACCAUGUAAUAGUGAAUGGUCACAUGAUGCUGGUAGGCGAGUAUGGUGUACAGAAAAAAGUGGUGGUAUUGAACGAACAUGGACUGGUGUACCACGACGCGCUUAUGAUAGUGCAACAAAAACUGAACGAUGCGUUUGUGUACAAAAUACAAAUGAACAAAACGGUCGAUUUAAGCAAUAUAAAGAUUGUUCACCGACGAGUGUGGAAUGUAAAAUAUUAGAUUAG